CUCCUAUUCCCCUCCCAGGCUCCCCUCAAGUCUGCCUGUGACAGGCGAUGUUGCACACGUGAUGGGCGAUGGAACUAGUGGCUUAGCAUUGGUUGGUUUGUUUCAAACCCGGCCGAACCUCUUCUCUGCCACCUCUCAUUGGGUUGGCUUAGCGCGCGCCCUCUCAGGGUGUUGUUUCAGCUGCAGUGUGCCACGGCCAUUUCCAUGCCUUGCUGUCUCAACUUUCCCAACCUUCCAUGCUGAAACGGUUCCGAAGGGUCUGGGACGGAGUCACCAAAGUUUUUUUGUUUCUUCUUCUUCAUGGAUGAGACGUCAAGAGCAAAUCUUCAGAUUAUGCAAAGCCAAAAAAAAAACCAAAAAAAAAGAAGAGUGUGCUCUGUCUUAGCGACGGCAAAGUGCCCGUUCCUGACUCCCCUGACUCGGGCAAGUUAUUCCUGGCCCACUGCCUGGACCAGACGGCCCACCGUUUCCAGGGGAAACUUGCUUGGGAGUUGGGAUGGGACCUGAAAUGGAG